CAAAAAUGGGAAAUGGUCAAGGAAUGGAAGAAUAAAUGGGUACAUUCUAACCUCAAGAGAUUAAAAGGCUUUACAAGAGAUUUCAAUUCUUAGAUAAGGAUGGCUCUGGUCAAUUAGAACCAUCUGAAUUGUUUGAUGUUCCUGAGCUAUCACAAAAUCCAUUAGUGAAAAGAGUGUUUUAAAUAUUUGAUAAAGAUAAUGAUGGUAAGAUAAGUUUUGCUGAAUUUAUCACUGGACUUUCCAGUUUGUAUGGUAAUGAUGAAGAAGAGAAGUUAAAAUUUAUGUUUAAAAUUUAUGAUAUAGAUCAAGAUGGAUUUAUUACAAACGGAGAGUUAUUCAAAGUGCUUUAGAUGAUGGUUGGAAAUAAUUUAACUGAUGUUCAAUUAUAACAAUUAGUAGAUAGAACCAUAAUCAAAGCAGAUGAAGACUUUGAUUCUAAGAUUUCCUUUGCAGAAUUUAAGAAAAUGGUUAAAGACUUAGAUGUAGCCUCUAAACUAUAAAUGUAAGGAGUAUGAUCGAUAUAUAUAAAAAUAUAUGAC